AUGCUCAUCGACCUACCACCUGAGCUCUUCGACGCCAUCUUCCGUGUUCUUGACGAUCGUUCCCAACGCUAUCUCGUCGCCACCUGUCGUGCCUUUCGGAGCCAUUGUCUUUCUGAAGCAUGGCAAACGCUGACAUUUGGAGGCCCCGGAGUCAAAUCCCAGCUGAAGCGCUUCGUGUAUUGGGUUGACACAACUCGACACAGUACGGAUCUGUUCAAAAACACACAAAAUUUAUUCAUUCGUGCUUGUCUCCUUGAUGGCGCGGUGCCCCCAGGCUCGCUGGAGGGCGAACAAAACACCGAUAUUCAAGAUGACGACAUUGCCAACUUGCUUGUCCGACUCACAGCGAGCCUGACGGUACUCUCAAUCGACCUUCCACCGAUGCCUGAAGAUCAACUAUUCGAUAAGACACUGUCUCGUAUAGCCCGGCUCCCCAAGCUCCAGCGUCUAUUUCUCGGACGGGUUAAAGUCCACGAUGGGUACGACGUCGCCUGCGAUUAUACGGAGCUCAAGGAGGCUACUAUGAUUUGGUGCCAUGGUAUCGUCGAACAGAAACUUCUAGUCGAUCAGUUUGGCCUCGAACACCUGGACGUACACGACAGUUGGGAUAUUGGGAAUCUGAGCAUGAUCUCGUAUCAGUGGCACAACCUCAAAUCGUUCAGAUUCUCGGCUGUCGACCAUACGUAUGCGACGAAGAUACUUGAAUCCGGAAGAGGAGCAAUGACGUCUCUGGAAGAGGUGUCCAUAGAGGUCCCAAUGUCCAAUGAUGUUUUCUUCCGAAUCGUAUCCGAACUUUCCAACUAUCCUAUCCAAAAGUUCCAUCUGUGCUUGUCAGCAAUCGGGCUUGAGGUCUUCCAUGACCUAGGGAGGAACUACGUGCCAGAUGAUUUUGGACCAAAUUGGCUAGCAUACAUCUCUAACAACAUGGCUGGAUUAAAGGAAUUGGUGCUUGAUUACAGGGCAGGGGGAAGCCGAUUCACGCUCCAGUGGCCUGGAGAUCAGACCAUGUACGCGGGUGCGCUAGCGUUUGCGCAGAAUCUGCAUACCCUAGCGAUUUCAAUACACGCUUUACCCAGAUGUGGAAGAUUCGACUGCCGACAAUUCGGUUACAUGUAUUUCGAACAUAUACCCAACCUUCAGACGCUGCACUUUCCCGCCAUGCCCCUUAUCCCUAUGCGCUCGCUCGACUCUUUCUAUUCCGACAUGGGCCUAUCACCUUCGCCUGCGUUGAUCAAAGGGUAUACUAUGAUUGGACGACAGAACCAACCGAAUCAUUUCGAGGACAUGGGUGAUACGUAUCGACCGUUUUGGAUCACCAACGGGCCCGACGUCGCAGUCGACCGACACAGGCGUGGAGGCGGUCUGCGCAUCGUCGCUUACAACCGGACAGAAAGUGUACCUGAUGAUUCGAGCGACGCGCACGUAUUCGACGAGCUCAUGGACGAACUUCUCGCUCACGAAGCUGAUUUUUUUGACCAAGAGGACGUGGAUUUGGGAUUGUGGUUUCCUGAGCUAGAAACUGAGGAUGAGGGCGUCGAGGAUGACGAUGACGAGAACGAUGAAGAUUGGACGACCUCGGAUGGCGAAGAUCAUGACGACCAAGAUCCGCCUCCGCCGACGUCGGAAGAGUGGAUGCAGGGUUUGACGAUUGGGGUAUCCAACGUAAACUUGGGUAUCAACCAGCUUGAUUUUUCGGAAUUAGACGGGCAUAGUUCGAGCGAUGGUGACGCGUUGGAGGAUAUCAACGACUCGGAUUUGUCCGCCGAUCUGUAA